ACCACCACCACCACCACCACCACCACCACCACCACCACCACCACCAUUGUGAGGGGCCCCAGCCACAUAGUAGGCAGCCCCCGGUCACCACCACCGCGGCAUGUCAUCACCAGCCAGCCCAGAGCGAGGGAGGGUCACCAAUACACCAGGAUGAGAGAGAGCACCACCACCACCACCUCCACCACCACCACCACCACCACCACGAUAAAGGAAGAGAUUACUGGCAUCACCACAAACACCACAGCUGCCCUCACCUCUUUCAUCACCUCUGCAAACUCACACAAUUGCCGAUCAGGUCACAACACCACACACUCUCAGGAAGCAGGAGUCACCACCACGAAUCACCACUCUAGAAGUCUACACCAGCGCUCAAUCACCACCACAAGCUUGCAAAACCACCCAGUCACCACCGCAUCACCACCCAGAGGACCCCAGCCACUCCCGAUCACCACCAGACACCACCAGGAUCUCUCAUUGCUCCCUACCCCCUCCCAAGGUCACGUGACAGCCCUCCCCAGCUUCGGCCUGUCCUUUCCUCCAACUUUGACUGAUAGGAUCCUUCAAGAAGCUGCUCUGCGCCAGGCCAGCGUGACACAGUGCGUGGGGGCGGUGAUGACAGCAGCGACUGGCGGGGAUUUCGUCACCAACAUGCCCACAGGAACCACCCGGGACAGCGGUAGUGGUAGUGGUGAUUACAACUCCUCCCCCUCCCCAUCCACGACCUCCUCGGAUGGUGGGGGGCCUGGAGGAGGGGCUGGAGGGGUGUCUGGGGCUACCUCCGCGUCUCCUCCUCCCCCUCCGUCACCCCUGCUUACAAUUGUCCCAGCUUUACACCCCAGUUCGCCUCGAGCUGAUAGUGCAUCACCCUCCUGCCCUCCCAGUGAUGGUUUGGGAGUAACAGCUCACAUCACUGCACAGGUGAUGGUGACAACGGGCUCCAGUGCUAGUGAAGGUGGUGAUGGUGGUGGUGAGGGAGCCCUGUCCUCCACCUCCUCCUCCUCCUCCCCCUCCGUCUCCCUCACCAAAGGCACCAUCAUUCCCCCGGACUCCCUCAUCAUCAGCACAGAGGGUAGCUCAGCGCGUUCCUACACCUCCCUUACCCCUGUUACUCCCAGCAUAGUGUCGGAGGGUGAUGGGUCGCUGGACUCGAGUGGUGGGACAGUAGCCAUUCACAGCUCUUACGUGCAGUAUGUUGAUGCCUCCCCUGACCCUCUGUUUCCAGCCAAUAAUGCCCAGAUGGCCUACCCAGUGUACACCGUGGGCGACACAACACUGUACUCCUCCUCCUCCAACACCUACUACCAGCCGGGCCCCACCACUCCUGUCUCCUACUCCCAAGAGGUAGCCAGCAGCCCAGUGAGCGGCCAAAUUCUGUCGUCCAACACCAAUACGUACGUGAUCCAGCCAGCCAUUGACACAGACGCCCAGCCACUCAUCACCACGCGCGGCUCACCACAGACCAAUUUCAGAGAGGAACCCACGACUCCAAGAUCUCGGCAUGAAGAGGAGGACGGGGUGGCAUAUGUGGUGAGUGGAGGCAGCCCCCCCCUCGAUGCUGAUGCCCAGGCUAACCUUGCUCAUGCCACUAGAGUCUCGCCCGCCACGGUCCAGUGGUUAAUGGACAACUAUGAGACAGCGGAGGGGGUCAGUUUGCCGCGCUCCACCCUCUACAACCACUACCUCCGCCACUGUGCCGACCACAAGCUGGAUCCUGUCAACGCUGCGUCCUUCGGAAAAUUAAUUCGAAGUGUUUUCCUCGGACUGCGAACUCGGCGCCUCGGGACUAGAGGCAACAGCAAGUACCACUACUACGGCAUCAGGAUCAAACCAACGUCACCAUUAAUCAACGUGAAUGAUGACGGUUCACCCAUUACCGUGCGUCACCAGGGCUCUUGUAACACCCUCAAGAAAUCAGGCCAGUCGUCUUUACCACAGCAGACCACACAGCAGACUUCACAGCCGCACCAGUCCCCAGGAGGCCAGAAGAACGCACAGUCUAGCCCCUCAAAAGCUCAAGACACACAUUAUGACUCCCACACUCAAGUCUCGGCUGAAACGUCCCCUAUGAUACUACAAAACCAACAGUAUUUGGGAGAUGUGAGCCAAGCAGUGCCCAUGUUUGAGGAGGUCGAUUUUGGUCCUGGGCCCCUCCCUGCUGGCGUCACCAGAGCCCACCUUGACACCUUCACUAGUCUGUAUAGAGAGCACUGUGAGACAAUCCUGGAUGCUAUUUACAACUUGCAGUUUUCGUCAGUGGAGACUCUGUGGAAACGCUUCUGGCUGGUGAACAACAACAACACAAGCAAGAGUGCCGGAAGUGAGCUGUCAGAUGAUGAGGAGGGUGACUUGGCUUCUCUCCUGCCCUCUUCUGUACUGCAGGCACUCCUAAGAUCACCACCAGUGCUCGAAUACAUCAGGAACUUCGACUACCAGUUCUACCAAAACUUAGUGGAGGUUUUGAUCCCUGACGUGCUGAGAUCCAUUCCCUCUAGUUUGACUCAAGCCAUUCGCAACUUUGCCAAGAGUCUGGAGUCUUGGCUGUACAGUGCCAUGCUGGGCUGCCCUCAGGAGCUGGUCACUAUCAAGGUGAUCGCCGUGGCAUCGCUGGCCCAGACUCUCCGGCGGUACACCUCCCUGAACCAUCUAGCACAGGCUGCCAGGGCCGUGCUGCAGAACUCGGCCCAGAUUUCACAGAUGCUGGCUGACUUGAAUAGGGUUGACUUUCAUAAUGUACAGGAGCAGGCGUCGUGGGUGUGCCAGUGUGACGUGAACUUGGUGAGGCGCCUGGAGGAGGACUUCAAGGCAACACUUCAGCAGCAGAACAGCCUGGAGCAGUGGGCUGAGUGGCUGCAGGCUGUGGUGGGUCAGGUUCUGCGUCCCCAUGAUGGCAAGCCAGAUUUCCCCAAGCAAGCCAGGCAGUUUCUGUUGAAGUGGUCAUUUUAUAGCUCGAUGGUGAUUCGUGACCUGACCCUCCGCAGUGCAGCUUCUUUUGGGUCCUUCCACCUGAUCCGCUUGCUGUAUGACGAGUAUAUGUUUUACUUGGUGGAGCAUAGAGUAGCGUCUUCUCUUGGUCUUACCCCCGUUGCUGUCAUCUCCCAGGGGCUGGGCGGGACGAGCAAGGCAGCUUCAGACGCCAACAACUUCAUCAACGGUGACAUCCCGGGCUACCGUGUAGAGGAUUCAGUGUUGCCAGCUUUCAAACGCCUCAAAUACGAGACAUCCUAACUCCCCUUACCCCCAUGUCCCCUUCCCACAUCCCCCUCCUGUUUCUCCAGCACCCACUCCCUCCCCUCCUUUUUCCACCCUCCCCUUUUACCCAGGCACAAAACGGAAGGCGUCUCCCCAGUGGACAUCCUCCCCAUUAUUUCCUUCCCCGCCAAACCCAGGUGUGCCCCGGCCUGCCCACGCCAUGAAGCACCCGGGCACCCAGGCACAGAGGGAAGGUGUGUGUGUGUGUGUGUGUGUGUGUGUGUGUGUGUGUGUGUGUGUGUAUGGUCCAACACAGUGGUGUGGUGGUAUAUUGGUGUGGUGUGGGAAGGACGAGUGUUGAGAGGAAGGUAGCAGUAGCACAUCUAGUCAGUAUUAUUGUUUAGCCCCUUGGACAUUUGUGUUUUAUGUUAAUCUUCAUUUCUGACAAAACAAAAAGGAAAAUUAUUUUUGUAUGUGUCCAAGGCUAUCAAGAACAGAAAUUGUAUGUGUGUGUGUGUGUGUGUGUGUGUGUGUGUGUGUGUGUGUGUGUGUGUGUGUGUGUGUCUUCACAUAUGGUGUGGUGUAACACCAGCAGGUGUAGUUGAACUCAAUUCUUGGUAGGACAAAAGAAUCUAGUCAUAGAUGGUAUAACUAUUUUUUUUAAGUGUCAGAAACUGAGCUUCAUUCUACAGGUGUGGGACGGACAGUGCAGGUGUGUAGUGUUGCGGGAGUGUGGCAGUGUGGCAGCAGGUGUGUGCCCCGCCUCGCCCACCCCAGGUCGGCGGGGCACUGCGAGGCCCCUAGCCUGGCCGGGUGUCACCCCGCCAGGCGGGGCGCUGGCCCCUGCCUGUAGGGUUUCUUAAUCGUUGUUUCAGAGGUGUUGUGUAAUUUAUAUUUUUAUACCGAAAAGAACAACACGGAGGGGCGGUGUGGGUGUCCACCGCCACCGUCCCCAGUGGGCGCGGCGGCCGCCCCGCCCCGCUCCGCUCCGCCACGCCCUGCCCUGCCCUGUCCUGUCCUUGUGACCCCAGACAAAGCGGGGCAGAAAAGAUCCCCGAGCCAGCGUGGCGUGGCGCUCCGUGGCUGGGCGUGGCUGGGCGGGGCCGGGCGGAGCGGAGAGGCGCCUUCUUCCUGUGUGCUGUUGCUUUGCUCAAUGUCUCCAUCCAGUGUGUCUCCCCCACACGGUGCCCCAAGAGGACUUAUUUUUACCGACGAGGAGCUUGCUGCCUUUGCCGGCCGGCAAAGGACAGCAGGGGAGGGUGUGUGGGGGCAGUAUUAGUGUGCAGGGCGGCGCGAGGCGGGGCAGGCGCGGGGCCACUGUGUGUCGGGCACCAGACGACCCCCGCGCCAGCAUGCGGCGGCGGCGGCGGUCAGCGUGUGGUGGUGUGGCACUGCGUGGCUUCCAUGGCCCCCUGCCUGCCCUCCUCCCCCGCCACACUCACUGUUAUAUUAUUUUCUGUGGACGUUUGAGAUAAAAAAAAAAUGGUCCCGCCAGCCGCCUCGCGCCACACGCCCCCCGGGUCCCCGGCUACCAUGCUGGGGGGCGGGAGCGAGGGCGCGGGGGGCGGCGGGGCACCUCAGUGUUGAAUGUGAUACUGUGUUGUGGGUCUGGUGGAGGACCAAAAGGUUAUUAGUGUCUCUGUGUGCCUCUAAUUCUCUACAGUUACUCAUUUAACAGUUAAGUCAGUCAGUCAGUCAUGCUUGCCAACCUACACGUGUGAGGCUAACUGUACUCCCCAUGUGUGUGCAUGUGUGUGUGCGUGUGUCCCCUGUGCACCGAGUGACCCACGUGUGGUACAAAUAUAUUAUAGAAAAGUUGCACACACAGAUGGAAAAACGUUUGACUAAAUUAAGGUCACAAUCUGAUAUAUUUUGUGUGUCGGUUAAGUCCAGCGGUGGCGGUGGUGGUGGUGGUGGUGAUGGUGAUGGUCUGUGCUGCCGCCUGCCGCGCCGCCCCACCCCGCCAUGCACGCCACUACCGCCACCUUGAACUCGCACAUUAUUGCCUGUCUGCGCGGAGGCUACCUGGCUACAUGGACAACGAACUAGUGGUCCAUUAAUAGCAACAUUAUCAGGGAAAGUUAAACAAACAAAUGUAUUUAUCCUAAAAAAAAAAAUCCAAAUUAUUAAUCAUUGUCAUUUUUCCGUCAGUCAGAGAGCAGGUGGUUUGGUGAGGCGACAGCGCUGCGUCGGGGGAAACAUCUGUGGCGGGACAAGUAAUCGGUCCGUGUUCAGAUUUCAGAAACGCUUUGCUCUCACCACGACUAUUUCAAAGGCCACAGAGAUGAUUAGCGGGGUUUUCAAGAGUGUUUCUCCUGUUUAUAGUGUAUAAAAUCAUGUCAUUCUGUCACUAGAACCGUAAAAACACCUUCAAAAACUUGUCUAACUAUAAAUAAAGCCUUUUGAAAUAAUAGAGGUGAGGCGGACAAGUGUUUGAGAAUACGAGCCUGGUGUGCGCGUUGGUGGGUGUUGGAGAGGCAAAGCUGAAGAGCGAGGCGUUGUGAUGCUGUCUGGUAACGAUAUACUGGCCACCAAUACACGCAUACAGUCUUAUUGCCACUAGAACUAAUAAAACACGCAAGACAAAGGUGCGAGGCGUUGUAAAGUUACCCGUUCAUGACAUAACUGGUUCACCUACACGCUCAUGCUGUCUUGCUGAGAAAUGUCGUGCAGCUUAUUGGUGUACAGUAUUUGGUUACCAGCCAGCACCGGUGUUGUGGGGUUAAAGACAGACAUAGUAACACAAACACGUUAUACUUCACACACACACCCACACCCAAACACGCCAAGGCACAGAUGUUUCCCCGGGUGAUGGCAGCAGAGACAGAUGUGGGCGUGUCCCGGCCAGUGGUGUGGUGCAGAUGGUGUUUGGUUAAGAGUGGCAUGUCAGCUGCUGGCAUGGCAAAGUAAAGCGGAGAGCACGAGGUGAGAGGGAAGGCUGAGGUGAUGGCUGUGGCGAGGCACUCCCGCCACGCCCCACCGCCCCUGUGCCGCCCCUCCCUCCCCGCCAGGGCCAGAGGGAGCCAGAUAUGUUUUGUAAUGUUUGUUUUGUAUAAUGUAUGAAUAAACCAGCAAAUGGU